AUGUAAUAAUAGCAAUUAAAAUAACAGCCUUAAAACAUAAAAAAAAUAGAGGGUUCAUCUACUAGUCCUUAUGGAAAAAUAAAGUUUGAGAAUAAGUAAAUUUAAAAUUCUCAAGGGACAAUAGUAUUAAAUUUAUAAUAUGUUUAGAAAGAGAUUGGUUAAUAUAUAUACAAUUUAAAUGAUGUGAUUGGGUCAGGAGAAUUCAGUUCAGUUUAUAAAGGUCAAGAUUAAAAUACAAAUGAGAUAGUGGCUAUCAAGAUAAUUGAUAGAAAAAGCAUUUAAAAUAACUAAAUUUUUAGAAAUCUAUUAGUUAAUGAGAUAAAUAUCCUUAGAUCAGUGGAUAAUAAAUGCUUGCUUAAAUUAUACAAUUACCUAGAAACAAUAAAUAAUAUUUAUAUUAUAACUGAAUUUUGUUCUGAUGGUAAAUAAUCAGUUGAUUUUAUUUUAGGUGAUUUGCAAACUAUAAUAGAAAAAAAAGGAUAUUUACCAGAACAUAAUGCAGUAAAGAUUUUAAAGCAUCUCAUUAAAGCCUUACUAUAUUUAAAGGAAAGAAAUAUUGUACAUAGAGAUAUUAAAACAUAAAAUAUUUUAGUUUCAAAUUAAAUACCUAAAUUAGCUGAUUUUGGAUUUGCAGUUGACUUAAAUUAACCUUAAACAAAGUAUAUAUUUAGUAUAUGUAGAGAAGUUUUAUAAAUAGGAACUCCAUUAUACAUGGCACCAGAAAUAUAUUCUCACUAUUAAUAUACUUCAAAAACUGAUUUAUGGGCACUUGGUAUAGUAUUUUAUGAAAUGUUAUUUGGUAUGAAAUUAUGAAAUAAAUAGGAAAGGUACCAUUCAAUGCUAAAAAUCCUAAAGAACUUGAGCUUAUGUUCUAAAUUCAACGAACAAGAUAAACGAUUUAAUUUGAUAAUGGACCCUAAAAAAUCACAGAAACAGCCUAAGAUUUUAUUACUUCCUUAUUGGUGAUUGAUCCUAAAUAAAGAUUUGAUAUUUCAUAGGCUGCAAAUCAUCCACUCAUUUAAAGUAUAUUUUAUUUUUAUACAAGAUCCACAUCCCCAUGCGAAUAAAUAAAACUGA